AUGACGCCUAGUCCCGAAGUAGCUCCCGCUUCCCUUGGCUCCGGCCCGAAGAUUCAACCUCGUCGCUCGCGCUUAUCACCGCCAUGGAACUCUUGCAGCACCCAUCAGGCUCUGCCGAAAGCGUCAGCUAUGCCUGUCGAGGUUGCUGACGAUAUUCAAAAUUUCAAACCACUUUUUGAAUACAUUGCUCAGAGGCAGCCAGAUCAGCAGAUGGAUGAGACCCCUAACGAUGCGUCCGUGCUGUUCGCAGAAAAGGGCUGGGGUGCCUCCUUUGCGCGGUUUCAAAAGGGCGCCAUUUGUCUUCAAGAUGGCAGACUGGACCUGUAUCAGCACGGUCUGAGCAGUGUCCAUGUGCCUCUGCUGACCGCGGCGCUGAUGGAACACUUCUCCCGGCCCGAGGCUGCUUGGACAAUUCGCCACCUACUUCUAGGCAACAAUGUUUUGGGCGACGUAGGCAUCAGAGCGCUUAGCUCGUUUCUGCACGAUUGUCCUGGCGCAAGACAGCAUCUCAUGACUUUGUACAUCCCUGCCAACAACGUAACAUCGCAAGGUCUCGCAGACAUGGCUAGCAUACUGCAAACGGACGCGCUGGGUAUUCAGAGCUUGUGGUUCAAGCGCAACCCCUUGGGCCCGACCAGUGUUCCUGCGUUGUUGGCCUUGGCUUCGAGCUGUCCCGCACUGCGCUGCCUCGACGUCGAUGUGUGCGAGUUGGGCGAUGAUGGAUGUGCAGCGUUGUGCUCUGGUCUGCAACAUUCCAACACCAAGCUAUGCACCUUGUACCUCUCUGGCAACGGCGCUGGUCGCAAGACAUGUUUCGCUCUAAGGAAUUUAUGCGCUUCUCCUGCCUCCCCUGAAUCUCUAUACUUGACGUGCUCGCCAAUCGGGGACGAGGGCAUCGCAAUCCUCUGCGACGGCUUUGCCCGCAACACAAACCUCCGCCGCCUUGUCUUGGGCUCGACGGGAAUGUCUUCAGCAGGCGUGUCGGCAUUGUGCAAGACGAUUGCCGACCAUCCUACCCUCUUGCACCUCGAUCUAUCCCGCGCUCCUGGGACAGGCGAUCUUGAAGCACACUCAAAUCACAUCAGCAAAGAAGCGCUGACGCCUAUCGCAUCGCUCAUCGAAAGAGCAGAGUCACUGCGCUCGAUUGUUCUAGGUCGCCUGGAGAUCGACAAGCAGGAUCUGGAACAGCUGCGUGGUGCUGUGCUAAUUCGAGACUUUCCAAAGCGCCGCAUCACAGUCUUCUCAGCCUCGCUGCCAAGCGACGAAGCAGACAGGGAAGCGCGCACCUCGGUUCGAGCGAGAAGAGACCGUUUCCAAGCGGCUCUGUCCCAAGCAGGGCAACAAGCCGUCGUUCAAGAAGGAGGCGCAGAGUGGCUCGGGAACCCGAAGGGUCUCGACGUUGUUGCUCAUGACUUUCUGCGCUUUGAAUGUAAGACACCGUCGGACAGGCUAUAUGAGCUGACCAAGCGACUCUUGGCCAACCCGCGAGAGGUCAGAAAUGCCGACAGUAUCUUCAAGGCGGAGGUGCUGAGAAGCAGGAAGAAGAGGCAGCCCCUGCGUGGUAAGCGCUGA